AAAGUAGGUGUCAAAAAAAACUUUUUUCGAUUAGACUACCAUAGAUUAGACCUACAAAAUUUUGUAAACAAAGUAUUCCUUUUACAAUAAAAAUUAAAAUGUUAGAAAAUGUGAAACGUGUUAUAUUAAUCCUGUCUGGUAAAGGCGGCGUAGGAAAAUCAACAGUUAGCACUCAAUUAGCGCUAACUCUUAAAGAAAGAGGUUAUAAGGUUGGUUUACUCGACAUAGAUCUAUGCGGCCCAAGCGUUCCUUAUAUUUUAAAUUUGGAAGACCAAAACAUUCACCAAGGAUCAGAGGGUUGGAUUCCAGUAUAUUUGGAUAAAGAACAAAAACUGGGCGUAAUGUCUAUAGGCUUUCUUUUGAAAUCUCGAAAUGAUGCUGUGGUCUGGAGAGGGCCCAAGAAGACAUCUAUGAUAAAACAGUUCUUGGAAGAUGUUUAUUGGCAGGAUUUGGAUUUUCUAGUAAUAGACACACCUCCAGGAACAUCCGAUGAACAUAUAACAGUGAUGGAGAACCUCCGCAGCGUGCCGCAAUGUUCUGCCAUACUUGUGACAACUCCACAAGAAGUGUCCAUAGAGGAUGUUAGGAAAGAGAUAACUUUCUGCAAUAAAACUGGCAUAAAGAUCAUGGGCAUCAUUGAGAAUAUGAGCGGCUAUGAAUGUCCAACAUGCAGCGAAUGCACAAAUAUAUUUUCAAGCGGAGGCGGAAAAUCCCUGGCAGAAAUUUCCAAGUUGCCCUUCCUAGGGAGCAUACCCAUAGAUCCUAGAGUGGGAGCUUUGGCGGGAAAAGGAGUCGCAGCCGUCAAAGAGUUGCCCGAAUCGAGUACCAGUAGAGUAUUUAAUGAUUUAGUUAUAAGAAUAAAUGAAACCAAUUCAAAUGGCUCUUAGAAAUAAGUUAUAAAUAAUAUUAUAUUUUUCUUAAAUAUGUAAUUGUUUUAAUUAUAGAAAAAAGAUGUAAAUAUUGUUUGGGAUAAAUCAUGCUUAUUUUUGGAAUAAAAAUAUAUACCUAUAUAAUUUU